AUUCCUCGCUGUGGCCACUGCAUGAGCUUCUCUUUCACUCUUGUUGGAUGCCGCUUAUAAGUCACACCACCAGCUACAGUUUUCAGAGGCGUCAGACUACUUUAGAUAGCAUGGAGGCUGAGGACACAGAUAUUCAGGUGCAAAUGAUUGACCUGACGCGCGAGGUCGCAUCCUGUUCCUUUGUGGGAACGAGCUUUUGGGGAUGGCAUUUAGUAUCCGCUGCUGCCUCGACAGGAUCCGAAAAAAUACGCAUCAAGAUGGAAUCCCAUGCGAGCGGCAGCCUCCACAGGCACACCUAUCCCAGGUAGAGAUACUUCCAAGGCCUACAACUCAUUGCAGAUUGCACCUGGGGAAGUCAGCCGCGGAAGUGUGGUUGCUAUAUACUGAGUCGGAAUGUCCUGUCUGCUACGAAGUACCUGAUACUCUCGUCAAGCUUCGAUGCGGGCAUGCGUUCUGUGAUGAUUGCUUGCCAGCUUGGCUGCUUGAAAAAAGGCAGGAAGAAACGCCGACUUGCCUAACUUGUCGGAUGGUUCUGAAUUGUUGCAAUCAUAAUUGUUGCCGUCUAGAGAUCGCGCAUCGAGUCCAUAAGCCCGAACGCAAGCCUCCUGUAUCAACGGUGGCGUUGCCGAUCAAAAGGCGAGUUAGGAGCGCUUCGGAAACCCUAAGACGUGAAAUGACCCAGCGGAGAGUUCAGUCGAAACAAGAGCCGCCAAAGAAGGAUAGGCGUGGCGGAAAGCGCCAGAGGGCGAACAACGCCGCCGCCAUCGAGUCGGAUGACGCCUCAGACAACACUGCCACCAAAGUGGGAGCCUUCGCCACAUUCGUUGACUUGACGUCUCCGCCGCCGUCUCCGCCAUCUCGAGCCAACACGGCGGCUAUGCGUCUCAACGUGAACGGCAAACGUCUCCGAAAUGACGACUUUGUAAGUGCCCAGCAAUUCGCCAACCGGCUGCUACGAUGAUUUCGUGUCGCUCGCACCGAAGCGCGGCACCAUGUCAGUAGCCGGCGGUAUCAAACUACCUACUACCUCCACACACACAACGACGAUCUAUACCUGUGAAGAAGGGCAAGUAUGCACUCUGGGCGAAA